GGUACUUUUCAGCGUUGUCAAGGCAGCCUCAGAGCUCGGCAGGCAGGCGGAAAGUAGCUGCAGUGUCCUGGCAGAAAAGCUGUCCUAAACGUUCACACAAACUGUCCCGGAAAGUUAGGUGUCACUGAAAGGACACCUGCUGGACGAUGUGAUGACUGAGAGAUCUGGCAGCUGCUCAGCUGAGCUAAAACUAUGACUACCUUGGCUUCACACCGGAGGACACCAUGUAAGCCUACUGCAGAGAAGAUUCUGGACUGAGAGGGAUGAGAAGAAAACAGGAAGCAAGAACUGUUGGAUGAGAACUGAUGGGCUGUCCAAGCUGGCGAUAGCAUGCCAACUGCAAAAGGUAAAGGUGGUUCACCAUCCCACCGCUACCGCCCUGCCUCAGAGUUCGAUGACAAAACGCUUGCCCAGAAGAGGGAAUACUGGAGGACCAAGAAACGAGAGCAGAGGGCUCGACUGUCCGAGCGGAGAGGGAAACCGACGCAGCAGAGUCGAGGGGAGAAGUUCGUACAUCCAAACUGCUCCGGCUCCGCUGCUGCUUUCACUUCUCCUCUGCAGAGUCACGAUGAGUCAUCCAACAUUGGAAACACAGAGGAAGAAGGCUCAGGCAGAGCCACCGAGGGCCACAAAGAGAAGUGGCUCCAGACGGUUGAACUCAAUAAAGUCUUGCCUCAGGUGCCAGCUUCUUAUUCCAUCUCCGCAAGAGUGUCUGGGUGUGACACCACCACCACGGUGAGACGCCCAACAGUGAGGGGUGCUGGGUUGCUACCUAAAGCAGUUACCUCACCCCCAGCCGGUACAACCCAGCUGAACACCAGUUCCCCAGUGCCUCCAGCCAGAGUGACCAGAAUAACUAAUGGCAGCUCCAUGAAAACACCUCAGCCAUGUGUGUCUAUGCAGGGAGUGUUCAUCCCCAAAAUACAACCGAAGGCACAAGUUGAAUCCUACAUUCAGCCCAAACUUGCACCCGCAAAUGUGACUACAGGUCGGACUUUUGCAACUUCUCUUUCAGCCGAGGGUAAAACAGCUAACUCAACACCUCGCAGAGGAACAAAGAGUGCCUUGGCCACCUCGCAGAGGGCUAGAGGUGUUAGUGACUCCCAUCUUACUCCCCCAGAGUCAGAGGAAGAGAGAGCAGCCAAGCGCAGGGAGCUCUGGCGGAUUAAGAAGCGAGAGCAGAGAGCGAAGGUGGCGGCUCGGAUAGCUAAAGCCAGAGAGAAGAUACAAGGCGCCGAGGGGACACUAAAGAGGGAAACUGCACAAAAAAUAGGACCGGUGGGAGGAGCAGUCCUUCCACAUGUUCCGAAUCGUCCGUUCUUGAGAAGAGUCAGCCCAAAACAGUGUCAUAACUGGGUCAGUGCGUCCGUUACAUCCAUCAAAAAGGAAAGUAAUAAACUGCAAGGCAGGGACGCAUGUUCAGCCCAAGUUACCCUACGAGCAGAUCAGGUAAAAGUCCAUAAUCCACCUGGGAAUACCACAGCCAUUCCACCUGAGGGGAUAUACGUGAAAAAGGCAGGGGAGUCCCAAAGACGGCAUCCACCUUAUGUUCAUCUCUCUAGCGUCUCCAGAGGAAUUGCACGAUGUAAAACACCCAGACAGAGGUUCAUUGAAGCCCAAAAGACUUUCAUGAUUCAGAGAAACAUGAGGUGUAAAUCUCCGAUGCUUUCCUCUUUCUUUGGAUCCAGAAAUAUCCCCAAAAUCGACCCCAAUGACACACCUGAGCAGAUCAUCGCCAAACGGCGGGAGUACUGGCGGAUUAAAAAGCGUGAGCAGCGAGCGAAGCUGUCGAUGGAGAUGAAGGCUCGUCUGAAGGAGAGGGACUGCCUCAUGAGAAGAGUUAAACGUUAUCAGAAUAUCCUGGAGGAGAUGAGGAGAGCCAGAGCGCAAUCAGCAGGAAGUACCUUGACCCACGACUCGGAAACCAUCGGAGGGUUCAUCAAAGAAGACGGCACGGUGACCAUCAACAUCCAAGCAAAUCACAGCGCAGCAGAUGCCCUCAAACAGGAAGAAGUUGUAGUAGUUUCUAAAAGCUCUCCCGUCCCACAGCCUCAGGAUCCAGCAGGUACUCGACAGAGAGCUCCUGCACCCUUUCGUGCAAAUCCGCCUCCCCUUCGUCCAGCUCAGGUGAAAGUGUCCUUUCCUUUUGCUGGACUCAACAAGCCACAAAGACUUAUUUCAAUCAGAACAAGGACGGAAAGCACAAGUGUUCCUACGUCAUUCCAGACUGUAGGCCAGCUCAAACUCACCCACCCUCAAACCCAGAGAAGUGCUCGUUCUGGAGGAUCAACCACGGAGUUGAAUCUUGGGGGAUGUGUCAUGAAAAUGGCUGUUUCAAGUAGCGUGACUUCUCUGUCAGCUUCGUAUCUGGAUCCAGAGCUGACAGAGGAGGAGAGGAUGGCCAAGAAGAGGGAGUACUGGAGGAUAAAGAAGCGUGAGCAGCGAGCAGCUCGGGCAGCCCGGCUGAAGCAAGGACUCUUACAAGCGAGGGCGAGGAAGAUCCAGAGGCAAGCUAUCACGGUGCUACCGAACAGAAACCUCACAGAUGAUACAGAGAACGCCCAACAUACUGAGCCAAAUACAUGUGGGAUCAAACAAGAGCCAGCAGUUGACCUAAAUUCCCAACCAGAACAAGCCAUCUGUCCAGAUAUCAAACCCCCAUCAACCCCAUCACCCCCUCCAGCACCUCAGCAAGAGCCUGACCCAGCUUUGAGUGCAGACAGCCAGGCUACCACCCUGCUGGCCGUGGCCUCUAUGAAGAAACUCCUGGAGGAGUCUCUCAGCACAGUGACGGAGAGUAAAAGCAUACAGACUGACGUUAAGACGGAGGAGGAGACUUCAGAGCCAGAGAUGAAGCCCAACCUCAUGCAGCUCUUCUUUGAGAGGGACGAAGAGGCGGCUCCGAUCGCUGCUGAUCUCACCCUGGAGAUAAAAAGCUGGCAACCAGACUCUGAUGCAUCGGCACCAACAGGUUCCUCCAGCCCUCAUCUGAAACACUCACCACAACCCAGCCAGACACCUUCGCCAGCCCCCGUUUCCAACUCCACCAGUGAGAGUUCAUCCCAAACUCUUUCAAACUUCAUUGUAAACCCCUCCGAGGACGCCAUCAUCGACCCGUCCUCGCCUCCCAGAACCCCAGAGCCGCCAAAGCUGCAUCACCCACCCUUAGAUCAACCACAACCCGAGCAGCAAAGUCUGACACAGGACCAGUAUAUCAACAAGCCUCUAGCUCAGAGAUUACGCAGCGUGGUGUCGGAGCACAGCAGUUUGAACAGCCUGCAGAGGAAGAGGGAGUACUGGAAGCUGAUGAAGAGGCAGCAGAGGGCCCGGUUAAAGUCUCGACAGAGAGACAGAGCGGGAGAAUCCAGCAAUCGGCUUCCCCAGAGGAACUACCAGGCUCCAGGUCCUGUUAUCAUCAAUUCUGUUAAAGGUGUAAACCCUCCAGUGAAACCAGCCCCCCAGCCCAGACCCUCCAGAGCCUCUCUGACUGCCGUGACCAGUAUCCCCACAGUCCUGGUGGUCAGCCCUGCAGCAUGUAACCCUGAACGGUCUCCGGACACGCUGCAGGUCAAACAGCCAGUCAACAGAGUCUCCUGUCUGGAGCAGAAACACAAUGAACUCUUACACUUCGAAGUGGACUCAGUCAGAGCUCCAGAGAGUAAGAAACCAGCAGGAUCAGGACCAGGAAGUUGGAGUUCCAGAAGCACAGAUGUAGACUCACCCCCCUCCCUCCCGACUCUGAAACCCCCCGAAAACCCGCUCACCAGCAUCAACCUGCACCCUAUUGAACCUCCUCCUCAAUGCCCUACCCUUAGCCCAAUAAAAGUCCCCUGUGCCACCAUCCAGACCCCCACACAUCCGAUCCACAGCCCCACCAAGCUGUCACCGGUCAGCACCAUGGUCCCUCCGAAGCCCAUUCCCGGGGAGCCAGAGGAGGACUUCUUGAGGAGGAAGAGGGAGUACUGGAGGAUAAAGAAGAAGGAGCAGAGAGCAAGGAAGGCCAUCAGGGAGAAAGGAGCGACACCACGGAGGUCGAUCAGCAGCUGGAGACCGAUCCUCCCUGCGCACGAGCUGCAGACACAGGACUCUGGUCAGUGGGUGAACUCUGAUGAGUCAGAACAUCUGAUGAGCGCUCCCGUGGACACCAACCCUUCCUCCUUUGACUACCCAAACUACACCGAGCCGAUAGAAGAUGAGUCAGACCUAAUGUUCCUGGACUACGAGAACAUUAACGGAGAGGAUGGUCCGGUCUCAGAUGCCGUAUGGAGGAGUCGGUACCUGAUGGACUAUGACCCUCUGAACCAGCUGCUGGUGUGCAUGGUGUGUGGGGAGCAGCAGUACUCUCACAGCUUGGAGGGGGUGAGAGCCCACAUCGAUGAGGCCCACCCUGACACCCUGAACCUGGAGCCUGCAGAGCACCAGAGGAUCCUUGAGGCCUGGGAUGAACAGGUGUCCCAACGAGAACGCUUCUUCACCAGCCAGCUGCAGAGGAACAGUGAGGCCAUGACAGAGGCACACGGGGACUGAACAUCAGAGGAGAUGCCUGCAGGACACAUCUGAGGACCACGGACCAGGAGACAGAACCCAACACUUUAAAGUCUUAUUUAUAACUUAUUUAUUUUGAUCAGUUUGUUGACAUUUAUAGACGGACUGUGCUGUACAUGAACUUUCAGCCUGAAAGCAGCUUUACCUCAUUUCUUAUCAGGGCUGUAAUUAUGGGUUAAAUCAAGUCAGCCUCACUUCAGAUUUUGGGUCAUGUUUGAAAUAUUUAGGUUACAACAUUUUGGGAAAUACAGUCUUUGUGCUAAAGUUUCUCAGACCCAACCUUUUAGUAGACAUACAUUUCAAUUAUUUUCAUAUUUAAUGUUUUAGUAUUCUUUUAAAUUUAAUCAUUUUAGUUUUGAGUGUCCCACAGACUUCAGUUCAAAACAUAGACACACUCUGAAAGCACAUUUUAAUGGAAGAUUAAAUCUUUCCUUUAAAUAGACUCUAAUUAUUGCUCAACAGCGGCCACCAGUGGCGACAAGUGGUAACUACAAGAAAAGGUUUCCACAGCAGUUUUACAUUUUAAAAACAGUAGCCAUCAUGAACUACAGGCUGUAUCAGCAACCUGAGUGUGCUAAACAUGGACUGUGUAGAAGAGGUCAACAUAUUUAACAUUUACUGAAAUGUUCGUUUGUGGACUUUAACGUUUCAGCUUUCAAACCCUGAGGCUUUGUCCACCUCUUAGACACAGUCUAUGAUUUUAAUGUCAGCAGCAAGUCCAGCUUUUAUUUUCUAGUUCUGCUUCAAAUGGAGAUUUAAAACUCUGAAAGGACUGUUGAAGCGUCUGAUGUAUAAAAUAAAGUUUAAAAGAUUUAACGAGGCAGCAGUGAUGCAGUGAUAGCUGAUGUUUACAAUGAUUGCACACUAAAUUUAGAUGGAGUCCCUUCGUCAGCCUGUUUAAAGAUUAUAAACUGUGUGUAGUUCAUGUUUCAGAGCUUACUGAGUCUUUCCUUCUGUAUAAAGUUCCUCUGCUCUGCCGGCACGUUGCAUUCAGGUCCCCGACUUUUGUAGUUCCUGACCUUUUGCAUGGAGGUCUAGAACUGCUCCACGUUUUCUAAGAGGUCGUUCUUCAAACCCUGAAACCUUACAGACAUCCAACCUUUUGUACCUUUUUUACAGCAGCUUUCUCUGCAGUCGAUAUCAGUUUGUGACAAACACAUGAACAAACCUUCAGCUCUGUAAAUACACUAAAGACUAAAGUGGUUAUGAGAUGCCAAAUGUUCCUUUGACUGUGCUGUUUGACACUUUAUUUAUUAUUUAUUGAUCUGCUGAUGUUCAUAUUUGUAGAUAGCUCCAUGUUAGUUCUUCAUCUGUGAGUGUUUCUGAUCCAAAGGGAGAUUUCCUGCAUGAAAAGUAGUAAAAGAGGAAGAUCAGCUGUGUAUCUGAGAUGAUGCAUUCCCAUGUUUUUUGUAUGAUUUGUAUCCUGAGUGCGAUGCAGAAAUAAUCUUGUGUUUGAGCACAAAGCUGCAUAGAGUCUGCCUGCAGCUGAGUUAACCUCUGAGAAUGUAACUCUGACAUGUUUACCGGGUUAAAGGGAAUGUUUCGAUGCCUUUUCAGUAAUAAAACUUUUCUACCUUUGGGCUCA